AUGCACGCACAGACAUUGGUGGCAGCAUGGAUAGCGUCAGUGCUUGGGCUAGCAGCAGCGCUUGACAUCGAUGUGAGUUCGCAGGAUCUGGUAUGUCAAGCUGCGAAUGUGAUUCAAAGUGGUGAGUGGAAUUACUACACCGGCACUCGCUAUGGCGGUACGGUAGGGAUGUUUGAUGGUUACUACUGGUGGCUGGCGGGUCAGCUGUUUGCCGGAUUGAUUGACUACUAUACCUUUUGCGAUCUGGGGAACGAUACCCUCAAACAAUUAAUCUACGAUGGCGUUUAUCAUCAAAGAGGAGAGAAUGACGAUUAUAUGCCCCUGAACCAACUGAUGACCGAAGGUAAUGAUGACCAGGGGAUGUGGGGGAUCACGUUAAUGGAAGCGGUGGAGCGGAACUUCACUAACCCUCCCGAUCACUCUUGGCUUCUGAUGGCUCAGGCAGUAUUCAAUACAAUGAGUGGUCGAUGGGACCCCGAUAGUUGUGGUGGGGGUCUCAGAUGGCAGAUUUUCAGCUACAAUUCUGGCUAUGACUACAAGAAUCUGAUUCUGAGCGGGUGUCUAUUCAAUGUGGGUGCUCGGAUUGCUCGCUAUCUUGGUCCUACUUCAAAUUACACCAAAAAUUACACGGAUACAUGUGAUAAAGUGUGGCGAUGGAUGGAGGACGUGGGAUUUUUCCAGCUCAAUCAGCUGGCCAUAUGGGACGGGGCCAAAAUACACCAUAAUUGCCUGUUGAAUGAAACGACAUUUCUACGGUGGUCGUACACGUAUGGCGUGUACAUGGCCGGUGCCGCCUAUCUUUACAACUUAACUAACGAUCAAACUUGGCACAGCCGGUCCAAGCAAAUUUUAGAUGCUGGAUUGGGCUAUUUUAAAGAUGGUAACGGCACCAUGCAAGAAACUACCUGUGCUCCGCGAGGAUGGUGUAACGACGACCAGCGAUCGUUCCGGGCUCUCUGGCUGCGCUCUUUACAUCAAACUAUGGUGCUCAUACCCGAGUUUGAAGACGAUAUUCGACCAUACAUUGAGCGACUGGCUCGCGGUGCGGUGUCCUCAUGUAAUGGUGGUACUGACGGGAUUACUUGUGGUACUGAUUGGAGUAAAGGAUCUUGGGACGGAGUGUUUGGUUUAGGAGAACAACAGAGUGCGUUGGAAGUGGUGCUAGCAGUACUUGCAGGACGAGUACCGGAUCCAUUAACUGCCAAUACCGGUGGGGUCAGUGAGCUGGUUCCUGAUGCUGGCAUCACCUCGAACCAGACUGUAAAUCGCAAUGCGAUUGCAGUUCAUACAAAAGAUAAAGCCGGGGCGGGUUUUAUCACUGCGCUCGUGCUGAUUUUGUUGUUGGGUGCUUCUGCUUGGAUGCUAUUCUAG